AAAAUCUAUCCGCUGCAUCCGACAAUGGCUCCCAAAACUCCUCACCAAAACGACGGCAACGCCACCCAAGAAGACGGCAAUGACGGCAGUUCAUCAUACUUCCAAAAAACAGUUUGUUUGCAAGAUUGGUGGUUGGUCAAAGCCGAAAAAGAGUUCGAAGGAAGGAGAUUAGCUGUUGCAGGAUCCACAUCCAUAGGGUCAAAAGCGUUUCGGCUAUUCACCUCUGCACCGAUUGUAAAAGCUUACGAUGUUUUUACUCUCCAGACAGCUGAUGGAAUUUGUGUUUGCAUAAGAGGUUUCAUCAACGAACAACGAACCAUUGAAAAUGGGUUUUCUUCUGAGGUCUUUACUUAUUUCUACUUCGGCUUUCCUCCUUACUGGGAACAAUAUGCUAAAGAGUGUUUGGGGAAAACUAUUUCCAGUGACGUCAAAGUAGAAGUUGUCCGAAAUUCUAGUAAUGAAGCAAAAGAUUCAGAUCCUAGCUUGAUUUUGACUCCAAGUAAUCUUGCCGAUAACCUGAACACUAUGGUUGAAGAGAGAUCAAACUUUGACAGCAGCCAGAAAAAGGACAAGGAUUCAAUAAUAAAGGUGCGAGAUGAGCAAAAUUCGAAGAGGAACACACCGAUCAGCUUAUCCUCUAAGCUAAACCGUGUCAAAGAGCACUCACCCAGGAAGGGAACUCGGAAAAAACUUGAUUUAGUAGAUGUUGCAAGUCCUGUAUCCGGCACAAGAAAAGGGACACUAUCAAUUCUCUCUCCCAAGUCUCUGAAUCUCAAGAGGUCAAGAUCAGGCAGAGUCCUUUUACCUCCAAUGGAAUUCUGGCGCAACCAAAUUCCUGUUUAUGAUCAGGAUCGUACAAUCACUGGCAUUAUGGAAGGGAUGGAUGACACUCAACCAUCAGGUUUGUCUAAUAUUUAAUGCAUGAUUAGUUUUCCUUGGUUUCUCUAAGGAAAUAGAUUCAUACAACUUGGCU